AUGCCGUGGGUGGCGCGGCUCCUGUCCAUGGCAUGCGUCUCCGUGGCGACGAAGAUGGAGUAUUGCGUGCCGGCAAUGUCAGAACUCGACGCCGGCGGCGGCUACGAGUUCUGCUCCGCCUCCGUCUGUCGGAUGGAGCCGCUCGUGCUGUCAACCCUCGGUUGGCGCAUGGCCGCUGUUACGCCCUUCCACUACCUCCCCUGCUUCUCUGACCGACACGACGGCCGCGGCGGCGGCGGGCAUGACCUCGCCCGCGUGGCCCUCAAGUCCAUCGGCUUCAUCUUUGCCACAACCAAAGCCGGCAGUGUGCUAGAUUACAUGCCAUCUACUGUGGCUGCGGCUGCAAUCUUGGCUGCAUCCUAUGGAGCUCUACUGACCAAAGAAGCACUAGAGUCCAUGAAACUCUAUUUUUUAGACUACUAG